AUGUACCUGAUCACUGUGGUUGGAAACCUGCUCAUCAUCCUGGCCAUCAGCUCAGACUCCCACCUCCACACGCCCAUGUACUUCUUCCUCUGCAACCUGUCCCUGGUAGACAUCUGUUUCACCUCCACCACCAUCCCAAAGAUGCUGGUGAACAUCCAGACACAUAGGAAAGCCAUCACCUAUGCAGGCUGCAUCACACAGUUGUAUUUUUUCAUAUUCUUUGCAGGACUGGAUGACUUCCUUCUCGCCGUCAUGGCCUAUGACAGGUAUGUGGCCAUCUGCCACCCCCUGCACUAUAUGGUCAUCAUGAACCCCCAUCUCUGUGGACUGCUGGUUCUGGUGUCCUGGAUCAUGGUUGUCUCCUUAUUUUAUGGUACGAUCCUAGGAGUGUAUCUCAGCUCUGCUGCUACCCACAGCUCACACUCAAGUAUAGCAGCCUCAGUGAUGUACACUGUGGUCACACCCAUGCUGAACCCCUUCAUCUACAGUCUCAGGAACAGGGACAUAAAGAGGGCCCUGAAGAGAUUCUUAGGGAUGGCAGGUACAAAGGGAACAAUCAAUCGGGGGUAA